AUGGUGAGACAACGAUCUAUCAGAGACACCCCGGAAGAAGUGAGCCACGAUUCGUCACGGAUGCAAGAGUUGCUCAAUCCUCGUGGACCUCAUUCUUCUUCCUGGGAGGAGUAUAGAACGGAUCCAAUGUGCUUCGAUCUUCGUCAGCUGUGUCGAGACUCAAGUCCGAGAUGUCAAAAUGGACGGAUCGUGUCGGAAAGGGGCCGCGGAAACUCGAUAAUGAGGGAGGGAUUGAAUAAUGAUCGCCACAAGGAGCCAGGCCAUGAUGACCAUGGACUCGUGGCAUCCUCAAAGAGCGAAAGCUUCAAAUGCCUAUCUUCCCACCUCACUUCUGUCCGCACAUUACUCACUGUUGCCAUAGAGGAACGACUUCUCUUUGAGACCACAUAUUUAUGCCACCAUUAUUCCUGCAAAUCCCUGAACAUACCUCCUGCUAGAGAAGCUGGUAUGGCAUCCCCUAUUCAAUCGCAUCUCACUGGAAACUGCAUUGCAAUUGCUUACUGCAACACAUUUCAGCGGCACAGACUAAAUCAGGGCCAAUCGUUUGGUUUUAACUUGUCGUUUGAAAUGUGGAUCUUAUGCCAUACAUUUACGAAAUAG